CUCUCUCUCUCUCUCUUAACACAGAAAAAAAAUGCUUUUGGUUUCUUCUUUUUAUGUUUCACUGCUUUGGCUUUGAAGUCACGAGCCCAUCCCCCUAACCUUUCCCUUUUAUUUAUUUGUUUGCUUUUCUAUAGUCAAUUUAAUUUAUGAGUUGUAAGUUGUAACACGAUGAAAGAAGUUUCAUUUAUCUAGCUAAUGUGUAUGCCUCAUUAAUGUUGCUUUCUUCCUAUAUUGCAAAAGCUAGUUCGAAUUGAACAAGAAGACGACGUGUUAAAUCAAAAGAAUACAUAGAUCACUCGGUUAUGGUAGAUAGAAAUCUGAUAAUAAAAAACAUAGAUCACCCAAAUACUCAAUGGCAAUUGGUUCACUCACAGCGUACGUCAUCUUAAACCACAUUUGAUUCACUCAAAUGGGUAUUACCAACAGAGUUGAUAUCUACUUCAGGAAAAACAAUUGAAUGCCAUAACAAUGAAAACAGUAAUAUAUCUUUAGAUAAAUUCUGUCUACACCUCUUGAGCUUCUUUUCACUUCCCUAUCACGAGACUUAAAAAUUGAAGGAAUUAAUUAAGUUAAUAAGUAUAAUUCUUAAGUUUUAUUUUUAAAUAUUCGUGUAUAUGACUGGAGUGUACAGUUACUAAUCUUUAUUAGAAGUAAAAAGACCAUUUGUUUUUUUUUUGUCAUGAGGUGUAAAUCUAGAUCUAUAUUUGCCUAAGAUGUAUAUAAUUAUGGAAAAUUAUAUGUUAAAAUAGAAUUCAGUAUAUCCGCUGCCCUCAUAUACUUAUUAUUCAAUAUAUAGUAGAGUUAGAGAACAGAGAGGGAAAAGGAAUGAUGGAUACAAACAUCCAAAAAGUCAUACAUACAAACCUUCAAAAGUCUUCACCAUAAAUUCCGAACACAUAUAUGUGUUAGUGUGUGAUCUUUGAUUGAACUUUGUCCAGAGACUCAAAGAUAGACCAAAAAGGUUCAGACCCCAAAACAAAUACAAGAAAACAGCCAAAAAGCUAGAGACCAAGAUGAGAUCAAGCAGCCAAAGUUCUGAAAACUCCAAGACUUGUCCAUCUAACAAUUUCAAAGAAACUACCAAGAAAGAAGACAACAAAGAUGAUGAGAACAAGGAUGAAGAAGCGAGAUCAGUAGAUCAGAUCCCAUCGAACAAUAGCUAUGUGGAAGAGAGUGGGAGUCACCAUCAUAAUAAUGAUCAGAUCAAGAAAAAUGGUGGAUCUGUGAGGCCGUACAACCGCUCAAAGACUCCAAGGUUGAGAUGGACACCUGAGCUCCAUCUCCGCUUCCUUCAAGCUGUGGAGAAAUUUGGUGGACCAGAUACAGGAGCAACACCGAAGCUUGUUCUUCAAUUGAUGAACGUCAAGGGGCUAUGUAUUGCUCAUGUUAAGAGCCAUCUUCAGAUGUACAGAAGCAAGAAGACUGAUGACCCAAAUCAAGGAAAUCAAGGAUUUUCGUUUGAGCACGGAGCUGGUUACACUUACAACCUUGGCCAACUUCCAAUGCUACAAAGUUUUGACCAAAGGCCUUCUACUAGUUUAGGAUACGAUGGCGGUUCAUGGACGGACCGUAGACGCCAGGUCUACCGUAGCCCUUGGAGAGGCUUAACAGCACGAAACAGUACAAGAACAAGACCCACACUGUUUAGCUCACAGUCUGGCGAGAGAUUUCGUGGAGUUAGUAAUAGUAUUCUUGAUGAUAAGAAUAAAACUAUUUCGUUUCGAAUCAAUUCUCAUGAAGCUGCCCAAGCGAGCAAUGGAGUAGGUGAAUCAGUUCCAAGUAUUCAUCGAAGCUUUCUUGAAGGUACGAAAACGUUAGAUAAAUCAUGGGGACAAAGCCUCUCCUCCAAUCCUAAUUAUUCGACCGCAUCAGGGCCACAAGAUCAUAUUGCUACCACCUUAAGUUCUAAUCAAAGGGAAAAUCCUAGAGUGGCAGAAGAAACGGAGAAUGUUUUGAAGAGGAAAAGAUUGUUACUGUCUGAUGAUUGCAACAAGUCGGUCCAAGAUUUGGAUCUAAGCUUGUCCCUUAAGGUACAUCGGACUCACAACAACCUUGGAGACUGCUUGUUAGAAGAUGAAGAAAAAAAACUUGAUGAUCAUGAAGAUAUCAAGGGUUUGUCUCUUUCAUUAGCUUCGUCGAGUUCAUCAAAACUCGGUCGAGACAUUAGGAAAGAAGUUCAAAAUGAUACUAAAAAAAGAAAGAUUUCGGUCUUGGCGAGUCCCCUUGAUCUUACUUUAUGAAUAUACAACAACAUGUAUAUAUGUAUAUUCUAAGUGAGAUCUUGAGGUACUUGUUGAUGGAAGACGGUUCUUUGUUGUUUAUCAUUCGUUGCAUACUUGUGAGAAGACCCAUAAUUAAUUAAGGUAAUAAUAGAUAAAUUUUAAAACGUUGUUCUGGGCCAUAUAAAUAGAGGUGUCAAAAUGAGUUAUAGUUGAUGAGCUGGCUCAACUCGAUUUUUUUAUGAGCGAGCACUGUUUUCUUAGGUCAUUUAAUAAAUGAACUUUAUGAUCGA